CAAAUACUAUCAGUCAUUUGAAGGUGAUGGAAAAUGAGAAACAAGGCUGCAGCUCUUCUGUGCGUCUGCACGGGUGGAACAGAGCCGGAGUGUGCGGUUUGGACAACUCUGGCAACUCCUGCUACUUAAAUGCUGUGUUACAGUGUUUGUGUUCCACCGUGCCCCUCGUGGAGCACCUCCUCUAUCACGACAAUCGCAAAGAGCUGGGAAGGUAAGACCCCCCCCCGUCGUCUCUCUUUCUGCCUCACUUGUUAACCGUCAUGUUUUCCCAGCAGUUCAACCUCUGUCCAAGCAGGUCUAAGUGCCGUGUGGCUGAGAUGUUUGUCCGCCUGCUGGAUGAGAUGUGGCUGGGGAGCAGCUCCAGCUGUGCCCCUGUGGAGGCCAGGUCUGUGAUGUGCUCCAUACUCCCCCAGUUCAACAACUUCUCCCAGCAAGACGCGCAGGAAUUGCUGCUCUUUCUCCUCAACGCACUCCACGACGACCUCAAAAAGGUUGCAAAGCGCCAGAUGCGUUCCUCAAUACGACAGUCUAGACAAGACCAGAAGAGAAACUGUGCCGCCGCAGGGAUGGAGUCCACCACCAUCGUCUCACGUUUGUUUGAGGGCCAGCUCGGCUACAUGACCCUCUGCAUGCAGUGCGACCACCAGACACAGAGCACACAGACCUUCACUGUACUGUCACUACCCAUUCCAACAGACAUCAUUAAGUGCUCCAUUCAGGUACGCUUUAACACCUGCAGGAGUCACUUUGCGCCAACCACCAUACAGACUGUAUGCAUGUCAUGUUUUUAUAUAUUGGCGGUCUUGGCCUUACUGUUCUGUGCUUCCUCGCUGGAUUCUGCCUCUACGUUGUGCAGGAUUGGCUACUUUGUCUUAAUACCCUGCUGUGGGUAUUAUCAGCUGUUUAACAAUAUUAUCUUCCUGAAUCAAUGUGAUCUUUAUCUCCUCUGCAGGUUUGGUUGUAAGGGGAAGAACCAGGUGAAACUGAGGACUAAUGUCGUUUUCUCCACGAGGCUCGAUCUCUCCCCGUUUCUAUCCAGCUCAGUACAGAACACCUUAUACUCUUCAUACCGCCUGUAUGCUGUUGUGAACCACACAGGUCAUCUGAACAUGGGCCACUACACAGCUCUGUGUUUCAACGCCUUGACUAGGAGCUGGCACUGUUUCGACGACUCAGCGGUCAGAGAGGUACAGGACAGCCUUGUGCAAUCUCCAAACGCCUAUGUGCUGCUCUACAGCCGCAAGCCAUUCCAAAAGCCAAAGAUCCACGGACUCUGA